CUAUAUGCCAAUCAGUAAAAUACAAUGUUGUAAAUAAACAUAGAACAAAUCUUGUCCAAAAUUAUGUAGUACUUUAAAUUUCUUGUAUUUAUCGAAAUUUGAAUUCAAAUAUUUUGUUGUCUUAUUUGAAUUAUAUUCCUGAAAUGUGUGUACUUAUGACAUCAUGAAUUGUGUGAUUUGGUUUUGUUUACUUCAUAAAUAUUGGGUGAUUUCCUUCUGUGAGAAAGGUCAAAAUGAAAGAUACAACAUAGAUUUUAGUAAUUCUACAACUACGAGAACGGUUUUGUUUAGUGUGGGAACGACUACAAAAAGUUUUGAAUAUAACCAGACCAAACUGUUACUUUCAAUACUCAAUACCGAACUCGAUGUUCCAUACGGUGAUACGAAUGAAAGUCCGCCGGAAAGUUCACAUUUUAACGGAACAGCUGAGUCUAUGAACUGCAAAAAUAAGAGUUUCCACAAUAUAAACGGUGAGGAGUUCCGCAAUGACUCGAAUGUGACGGUUGUAGACGGGUGUGAACAGAACGACAACAUAUUUCCAUUCGAGCAGCGAAAAAGAGAAGAUAAGUUCAACGUCACAACACCUGAGGAGAGUCCAUACUCCGUUUUGUUGUUGUCUUAUAGGGGUGAUACAGUGCUUGGUUCUUGCACAGGAUCUCUACUGACUGACGAAUGGGUCUUAUCAGCAGCUCAUUGUUUGAUGAACUUCUCAGAUGAUGUUACGUCCGUGAUGGUGUAUGCAGGCGGUAAUUCAUUUACUGAAGUAAUUAACAAGAAUCUGACAGAAGGAUCGCAAUUAUUAGAGAGUGUAGAGUUUUAUGCGCACCCGAAGUACAACAGUGAAUUAGAUUACGACAUAAGUGUAAUAAAGACCAAGCAAAGGUUUAAUUUGACACUCAAUGUGAACAAAGUAAAGCUCUCGUCCCAACCGUGGAACUAUCAUAGUUACUUUAGUUGCAAAUUUACAGGAUUCGGAAUAGUCCUGAUAAACGAAAAAAGCAAAGACGAUCGAGUGAGAAAAACGCAUAGUUUGCUAGUAAAGAAACCCUGCAUUUGCGAUUUCAGACUAAAAUUAUCAACUUUGCGCUCCUCUUCGGUACAAAGGUACAUAUGUGUGAAGCCUUCUGAGGAUGUUGGGAUGUGUCCUGGAGACUCUGGAGGAGGGUUAUUGUGCGAUGGUGAGUUAAGAGGGGUGGCAAUGAUGAUGGUACAUCUAGCCAGUGUCAGAACUUGUGAAGUGGCAAAAUUUCCGUUCCUCGAAUGUGGAUCUCCAUCAACUAUAAACGUCUUCCAGGACUCGUGCCCCUUUGUAAGAUGGAUAAACUCUCAUGUUAAGUUGUUUAAUGAAUCUGAGAUAUCACCGGAUUGCGUAGAACCCGCAAAUAAAAAUGCACGUAUUAGGAGUACAUUUUUGGUUUUAGUUACUUUGUUGGGAGGACUGUAUAUUUUGUAAAAUUUUCAGCCAUAUUUUAUCAAUAAUAAUAAAAAUUUCAUAAUGGAGAUUAGUGGUUAGUGUUUGCUCACCAGAAUGGAUAGACCCAUAGGUUUAUUGAAUUACUACAUGGACUUUAGUAGCAAUUUAUUCUGAAUAUAUAAAAUCCUCAAAAUAAUAGCUGGUUACAAAAGGAUAUGAAGUACUAAGUAGUGCAAAGUAUUGAAAAGUAUAACAAAAACAACUGCAGAAGAAUUUUAAGUCUUAAUCAAUAACGGGUUUUAAAGUAUCUGCAUUAAAACUAUAACAUGAGUGCAAACAUUAUUAAUUAUUCUCCUUAAAAACAACGCAAGGAAAUAAAUUUAAACAGUUUUUCUGUUGA